AUGCGCUGCUCCUGUCGCUCUGUUCCAUGGAGCAUUAUUGUAUGUUUGGUUUUAGUCCCAGAAGAGGUGAAAUGUACCAGUAUUGGGUGCAAUGAAACGACGAUGUAUGAAAGUAUUAUACCUCCUGGAUACCAGAAGGUGGAGCCACCAGUAUCUGAGGAUGGUGAAUUUAACGUGUUCAUUUCCAUUCAACUGUAUGACAUCUACGGCCUGAAUGAAGAGACCAUGGAUUUCUUCCUACAUCUAUACAUCUUUCAUAUUUGGCAAGAUUCUCGUCUAAUGUUGGACUGCCUGACGUUAAAACGUCCAGUAAAAUUACCUGACCAUCUGACUGACCAAAUAUGGAAACCGGAUAUUUACUUCGAAAACUCAAAAGCCGGAUCAUUGUUUACUACUACUGUUCCUAACACUAAUUUGAAGAUUUUACAAGACAACAGUGUUUACCUAAGUGCCCGUUACCUUCAACACGUGAGCUGCCCUAUGUAUUUGCGUUAUUACCCAAUGGACGUUCAAUCAUGUCAACUGAGGACAGGCUUAU